AUGACUAGCACCGAGAAAAGAAACAAGAAGUCGAAGAUUACGCGGGCUUGCGACGGAUGCAGGAAGAAGAAAAUCAAGUGCAAUGCUGAUAUCACGUAUCCCAACAAGUGCUCCAACUGCAAAAAUAUGGAAUGCAUUUACACGAACAAGGGCUUCCACAGCCCGAGCUACGUUAGCGAUUUGGAGACGAAGCUUGCCGAAAGCGAGGGCGUCAUCGAAGAGUAUAGGAGACUGCUCGACAAGUACGCACCGCCAGAAGUACUCGCGGCUGAGACGGACACUGCUAAGCGGAAGCGGAAUUUUUCCAUCCCCUCCCCCAGCGCGCAAAUGCACAUGCACAUACACACAGAAGCCUCCGAUAUGAAUGACGGCAUUUAUGUCGAUGAGACGACGGAGAGCUGCAGGAAGGAGGGAUGUCUGCUUAAGACACUUGGCGAUGGAAAAACAGUUCAUAAUCACCCCGGAAAGCAAAAAAGAUUCUUUGGAAAGGGGAGUAUCCGUGGAAUUAUCGAGAGAUUGAGCACUUAUACUGGCUUCUCCCCUACUGGACUUUUAAGCGGGAAAAGACCUCACUUUUGGCAAGAGGAUUUGCUUAUCGAUGGACUAGACUACCUUCCUGUGCAUAUGUUGAGCCCUGACUUGGUGGAGUCUUUGGUUGGCUUGUACUUUGAGAAAGUCAAUAGCACACUCCCGCUUCUCGAUAGAACUCGCUUCUUUGCCGAAAUAGCUUAUCGCAGGCACGACCGUAACUUUGAAACCCUGCUAAUGACAGUACUGGCGAUAGGAUCUCAGUACUCCAACGAUCCGCGUGUUAUGAUUGAAGGUCAGCACCAGUUCCUGGCAGGAUUCAGAUACUACAGUGUUGCCAAAAGCAAGAUGAUAGACCCAUACAUGGAUGUGGCGACUAUCGAGGAUAUACAAGCGCUUAUUCUGCUGCAAAUAUACGUACCCAAAAGCAUACAUUCGAGGAGCGGAUGGAUGAUUCACGGUACUACCGUGCUUUUAGCGCAUGAUAUUGGACUGCAUUCACGUUUUGUUGACACUGAUCUACCCCCGCAAGACCAAGAGUUGAGGAAGAGAGCGUACUGGUCGCUGUAUCUUCUCGAUCGAGUGCAGGCGUCCACUUUCGGACGUCAGCCGCUGAUAAAGGACAACGAGAUCAGUCUAGACCUGCCAGACAAUGAGCUAGGUGAUGGGGAGUCUGAGUGUUGUGUACUGUACUUCAACAUGCUUAUCAAGCUGUACAAUAUCCACGGACAGAUCUUGCAGACAAUUUAUAAACUGAGGAAGACUUCAGAUGGUGAUGAGCUGUUGAUGUCGUUGACAGACAUCGCGUCGCUAAAUUCGAAACUGAACAAAUGGCUAAAUGAAAUACCGCAAAUGUUGAAGGAUGGUAAAAACGAGGUCCCGAAAAAGCUGGCACACGGAAGCAACGGAAAGGAUGAGUAUGUUUAUCAGCUGUACAGUAAUCUGCAACUAGCGUUUCACAUAAUUCAGAUCGGGCUGUACAAAACAUUCCUUCCAAAUCCACGCUCGCAGUCAACUUCGAGCUUUAGAUACACGAGUCUAGUCAUAUGCGCGACCUCAGCGCGGAGCAUCAUUUCAAUAUACCGCGACAUGCUGCUAGAGCGCAAGAUGCAGCAUCUGUGGGUGGAUGCUACGGUAGCGUGGGGAUCUUUCAGUGCUACGCUGAUACUCAUCAUCAGCGCAUGCGAGGGUCUUAGGAACAACGAUCUGGACCCAUCAGUGUUUGGAUUUAUACAGUCAGGCAUCCAGAUCCUCAGAGUGAGGGAGGAGAGGGAGGUGUUGAAUGGGAGGGCGGUGGAUAUGAUAAUGCAGAUACUUAAGACAUCCAACCUCCCAAUGGACCCGUCAUUCAUGCAAGCGCAGGAAAAUAUAAGCUACGGGGCAUCAGCUGACAAUUUCUUCACCGACCUGCCCUUCCUCGUCGACACACCACCUAACCACGCUGAGUCGAACGAGCAGAUGUUCACAGAUCUGCUCGGUCAGGUGCAGUAUAACACGGUUGACGCGGCCGCACUCGGCGUCGGCGGCACUCCGCCCCUCGAUAGCUUCUUGCAAAUCAACACUCAGGAUUGGUCGAAUGUGCUCGAGACGUUCCUCAGCGGUGCUGGAGGGAUGUAG